GCUGAAGCGUGUCUGUAGGUGACUGUUUUACUCUCAGCUGCUCCGCUGCCCAUCAGCCUGAACACACAGCAGUGAGAAACAAGAAGGACUGUCAAUGAAACAGGGGAGCUUCAACUAAAAGGUCACAGGUGGUGCUGAGAGCGAGUGAUGGAGCUGAAGGUGUGGGUGGAGGGUGUGGUCAGAGUGGUCUCUGGCCUGUCACUGAACACUUCAUGUCAGGAUGUCGUCAUCGCACUCGCACAAGCAAUCGGUCAGACAGGCCGGUACGUUCUUAUCUUGAAGCUGCGAGGGAACGAGAGACAUUUGGUGGCUGAAGACUGUCCUCUGCAGCAGCUGACUCAGCUGAGACAGCAGGCUGCAGAGGUCCAGUUCAUCCUGCGGAGGACCGGUCCCAGCCUCAGUGAGGGUCCAGACACUCCCUCCACAGUGAGAUGCCUCCCCCUGCCCAGACCAUCAGAACCAGAACCCCUCAAGCACCACAAAGAGCCUCAAAAGGCUUUCACCUUCAAUCUGGGACCCUCGACGUAUCCCAAAAGGACUAAACCAAACAGAGGCUGGUCUCCGUCGCCCAGAGCCUCGCCUGAACCCCGGGCCUCUCCUGUUUCUUUCUUAGACCCUCCCAACUCUGUGAAUGCCUCCAAAGAGGAGGUGUUCAGGCAGAUUCUGCAGCAGCAGAGGAGGCUGCAGGACCUGGAUAUUCAGCUUCAAGCUCUGGAGAGGGAGACGGAGCAGUGGGAGAGGUCCUCUGCUGCAGCUCCUAGUCUGAUUCCAGGCCUUGCAGAGGAACUGGAGGAACUUGAGCUGCAGCUGAGGCAGAAGGAGGCAGAGCUGAUGCAUGGAGAGCACUGGGAGGCUCAGCUACAGGAGGAGAUGGAGCGAGAACAAGAUAUGCACAGGCGUCUGCACCAGAUCCACUCAUCCGUAGACGAUCAGAGUUACAAGAUCAGGGAGCUCCAAAGCCGCUCUGCACAUCUAGAACAGGACCUGCAGCUCACAGGCCAGAACCAGAACUCUCGGGCGGGAACGCCGCAGCCAGACGAGGCCCUGAGGCCCCUGAAGCAGGAGCUCCACAACCGGCUGCAGCUGGGAGAAGAACUGGAUGCAACACUGUCAGAGACGCAGAGGGAGCUCCAAACUGCAGAGGAAAGGGUAAAGGACAGAUGGGAGACGAUCGAGGAGCUGGAUAAGGAGCUGAGACAGUGUAAACUGCAGCAGUUCAUCCAACAGACUGGUGUAACGGCACACACUGACCAGACAAACUCCCUGACUGACAACGAAGUUUACCUCAGUAACGCUGGUAUUAUGGAGUAGAAGACUGUCGUCAUAUCUCGGCAGGUUGUUCACAGUAAUUCUCACCUACAGUUUGGCUUUACUGAGGAAAAUAAAACAAAAAGUGAAGAAUGUACAUCUUUCGUGGGGAUUUCUAUCCUCUCAGAUGAAAUAAAGAAGGAAAUGCAGCAAAAAAUGCAGAGAAAAAGGAAAAAAUAAUAAUAAAACUAAGUCAAUCUCAUGAAGUGAAACACAAUAUUUUCUUCAGAAAUAUGAUAGAAAAAAAAUUAAAUUAUGAAAUUAAUUUGAAUAUGAAUAACUAAAGAGUAUUUUCUCUGUUUUUGCUGCAGGACUGAAAGAAAAACUUGUUCUCAGAAACUUUUAAGACACUACUGUGUGUGUGUGCGUGCGUGCGUGCGUGCGUGUGAUAAGUCAAUCACUGCCAGUGUCUUAAAAAGGAAAAUAUGACAUUUUAAAUAUCUUUCACAUGACAUAAAUGUUGCCACUUGUUUUUUGCUUGUUAAUAUUUUAUAUUUGUCACAUUAAGUCUGUAUUGUAAUUAAUAGUUCACACAACUUUAAUACUAUAACAAUGUUAUUUUUGUAUUUUUAUAGAAUGAAUGUACAGUAAACCCUUUCCGAAUUAAAGCUCACCUGAUGUAGCAGUUUAUCUUCUUAUCUUUGCUCCACCAGAGGUCGCCAAAGCCUCAUCUAUGAAGUGAUGCAGCUUUACCUGCGCAUAUUGUUAGGGCUUCCUGCAGCAACAGUAUUCACUUGGGGCCUAUUUCACGAAGCAGGUUUUACAAACUCUGAGUUUCUUCCACAACUCUGAGUUGAUCUACUCGGAGAUAGAAAACUCUGAGUUUCCCUCAUUUCAGGGUUAACAAACUCAGAGUUUUCCCUAAACCUGCUUCGUGAAAUAGGCCCUUGUAAUACAGACACACAACUACAACUACAAAACAUCAGAAAAUAAAGAAAAAAUAUAUUUUUAAUACCCAGA